CAGAGAAGCUUUCUUUUCUGGAUGGAUUUUGUUUGGGAAAUUUUGCAAACAAAAUAAGGAUUUUUGGCGAUAGAUUUGAGCCGAUUGCACUAAUCAGCUUUUCUUUGGAUGUAUAUUGCUCCAUUUUCACUUAAACAUGUGCUGAAACUGUUAAACAGAAAAAAUUGCGUGAAAAAAACAAGAAAUGGAAACAUGAAAUUGCAGCUCAUUGAAAAAUGUGGGUGAACGCGCUGCUUUUGUAGACUUUGUAUACCGGUAUUGUGAAAGAUUUAAACUUUUUAUAAUACAGUAAGAACUGUUCUGAGUAAAUACAUAUGGCAAAACUUUUAAAAAGCUUUUGAAAUCAUUUAAAAUGUUGGUUAAUGUGUGACAAAAAUUAACAAUAUUAACUAAUAUAUUAAAUCAUGGCUUCUUUGGGGCCCAAGGCAGUGAUAUGUUAUAUAUGUGGUCGGAAGUAUGGGACAUCCUCGAUUAAGAUUCAUGAACCCCAAUGCCUUAAGAAAUGGCAUAUAGAAAACAAAGAAUUACCAAAGCAAAUGCGAAGACGGCCGCCGGUUAGACCUCAAGGUUUUGGCGAGUUUUCAAAAGAUGGCGGGUCACUUGGCAACCAAAUAGAUGUAAUGAACGAGAUGUCGUACGAAAGCUCAAAAAAACAGCUUCUACCUUGCGAACACUGUGGUCGGACAUUUCUCCCGGAUCGGUUACCAGUCCACCAGCGGAGUUGCCGACCUGGUAACGUGGCUAAACCUGGCCGGGGUAACCCUGCCCAAAGUGGUAGCAUGGGUACCGGUGGUUCCAAUAGAUUUGGUUUUCGGGAGCAGCCAAGAGAACCGGUUAAGCCAAAAACGAUUGUUUGUUAUAUUUGUGGCCGCGAAUUUGGGACUGCAUCCGUUUCAAUUCACGAGCCGCAAUGCUUAAAAAAAUGGAAGAUUGAGAACAACACCCUACCCAAACACAUGCGUCGACCCGUUCCAACCAAACCUGACGUCCUGCCGAGUUUGACUGGAAAUGAUAACGAUCACCGUGAGCGGAGGAAUAUGAUGGCCUACGAGUCGGCAAAACAGCAGUUGGUACCAUGUCCAAAUUGUAAGCGGACAUUCCAGCCGGACAGAUUGAGUGUCCAUCUUAGAUCAUGCAAGCAGAAAUUGGCCAAGACUAUAUCUUCACCAAACAGUAAGUCUGAUAUGUGUUAAUAUGAAGUGUUUUCAAUCUUUUUCAGUCAUCAGUAUUUCACAUAUUAAUAAUAUAAAUCACAGGAGAAAAAUUGAUAACAUCAACUUGGAUCGGAGAAUAGAUUGUAGCACUAGUACAGUAAUUCUGUGUUUCCUGAAAAUUUUUUUUCUUUUCAGUAUUUUCAAGUGGGUAAUAUUUUUGUUAAUUUUUCUAACCACAGACAGGUUUGGAUUCCAAGAGCAGCGGCAAUCACCAACAUUCCAGCCACAGUCGCCAACAACCACCCCACCCAGAAAACCAACAACCACCCCGCCCAGAAAACCUGGCCAAAAUAGAACCAGAAAACCACCACAGCCUAAUCGAGGACAGUACGACUCAAACAACAACAUUGAUGACACAGACUACCCUCGUGAGAGUUCUAAUUCCUAUGGGAAUGGUUUUAAUUCGCAUGGGAACACUGGUUCUAAUUCCUAUGGGAAGAUUUCUAAUUCACGUGGGAAUAAUUCUAAUUCCUAUGGAAAUAAUUCUAAUUCCUAUGGGAAUAAUUCUAAUUCCUAUGGGAAUAAUUCUAAUUCAUAUGAGAAUGAUUCUAAUUCAUAUGGGAACGCUAGACCUGGUUCUAAUGGCAGUAACAGAUCUGGCUCGAACGAAGCACGAAAAAACUCCGGGUCGCAAAGAAAUCGUAAGAAACAGGUCUCCAAGAAAGCAAGUGCGCCAAGUAGAGUCAACGGUGGUUUUGGCGGUUCAAAUGUUGAUCAGUUUGCCGCUCCGGGAGGGCUUGGAACCUCGGGCUUAAAUGAUCCCGACGCAUUUCAAUCAGGCAGUAAUGGUAAUUAUCUCGUGCCAUGCUUCAAAUGUGGGCGAACCUUCGCAGCAGAUCGAGUGGAGAAACAUCAGACUAUCUGUAAUAAUACCAAACAAAGGAAGGUGUUUAACUCCACCAAAAAUCGAACAGAGGGCACCGAGGCAGCGGCAUAUAAUAGACCAGGAAGAGCAAGCAGUAAUAAACCACAGAUGCCGAAAUCCAAGUCUAACUGGAGAAAAAAUCACGGUAAGGCAAAACAUUUUAAUACCUGGGUUUCCGGUUUUUGUACCCUGCUAGCUUUUGGCUAUUCAAAACACCGACUUUAAUAUUUUUAUUUGAAAUUUGCGAACAGCUUGGAGCAAUGUAUCAUACCCAGUUUGUGGUGUUAGUUUUGUAUUCGUAGUUGAUACGAAUGUGAUUCAUUGUUUUGAAAAUCCCACUGUUCUCCAUGAGACUUCCAUGCCACCUAGUCAUGAUCCAGUAAUGUUCCAUUGUCUUUUCAUUUUUUUUUAAAUCCCACUGUUCUCCAUGCUACCCUAUCGCAAUGUUCCAUGCUAUCUUUUCACUGUUUUAAAAAUCCUACUGUUCUCCAUGGCAUUCAGUCACUCGUUGUUUUAACACACAGCUAUUUGAAGAAAUAGAGACUGAUGAUAGCCUUUAGAUAGCUGAUAAGCUUUAUAAUCUUCCACCACGUAAUGAAACUGCUAAUAUGACUCUUAGAUCCAGUCAUAGAUUUAACGUUGCAUUUCAAACUAACCGUUUUAGAAAUAGUUUUAUUAUACAUAAUGCAUUAAAUUUAGACGUGUAGUGUACGAGUGUAUAGUAUUUUAAUAUUUUCUUGUAAAUAUAAGCGUAAUUCAGCCUAUAUUGCUGCAAUGUUUAUACGAAAUGAACCAUCUAUCAAAGACCAUCCAUCUAUUUAUCUAUCUAAAGUACUACUUUUAACGAUCUAAAUCUUUCCUUUGCAGAGGACUUCGUCAGAGCAAUUCGCGAUGCAAAGAAGGUUCAACAAUAUGUGAAGAAGGGUGGCAAUCUGUCAGACCUUCCCCCUCCACCUGCCAGCGAGAACCCCGACUACGUCUACUGUAAACACUGCACCCGGCGUUUCGCCCCGGAGACCGCAGCAAGACAUAUUCCAAAAUGUGCUACAACGUUCAAUCGACCUGCCCCACCGAAACAACGGGCCAUCCCUCUUGGUGGAGGGCGUGCUAGGGGUAGUGGUGGUAGGGGUAGCGGUGGUAGGGCUAGAGGUGGCGCGCGGGCUAGAGGCGGUGGGCGUGUUCUCUGGGGGUAAUCGUACAUUGUGUGUGUAUCAUUCUUUGAAGUUUUAUUUAUUUUCACCACCGGUACAUUUGCACAACACUGCACUUUCCAAGAACGUUUAUGCUAUAUAGACGCACAAUCAUGUUAUUAUAAAAUGACUAAAUGGUAAAACUUAAGCCCUGGACAAACUAGGAAACAUUGUUGUGGAAACAUUGUUUUCUACCAAUGUUUCGCCAUGUUUCCCAGAGUGGGCAAACACUAGGAAACAUUAGUAAGAAACAUAUAUAGGGAAACAUUGAUCAAAUGUUUCUGAAUUCGCUACGAAACAUUUUUGCUUCUCGGGAAGCAAAGUUUGUUUCCGCAACAAUGUUUCCGCAACAAUGUUUCCGCAACAAUGUUUCCACGGGUGGGCAAACAGGGAAACAUUUGAGGAAACAUCGAGAAUCACAAAUGUUUCCACAACAAUGUUUCCUAGUUUGCCCAGGACUUUAGUUGACACGAAUGAAAUUAAAUAUUAAGCACAAGAAUUCAUAGACAAAACGCGGAGUACAUAGUCGAACCUCUGAGCAUAAGCAAACCAAAGCAAAACAAAGACAUAUCAAACGGGGUUUUUUUUUUCUGCUUUGUUCUUGCAAAGAACAUAUACGGUAUUAGGUUAAGAUCUCUUAUGCAUUAGAGUCCCGACGAGGAUAUGAGAGUUGAUGAGGGUUCGCAGUCCCGCAUUGUUACAGGGGACAUUUUAUGCUCUAGAUUAACAAAAUAAAGGUUUGAUGAAUGUUCCAACUACAGUAUGUUUUCACGUAAAUAAAAUACAUGAUAGUGUUGGGAAAGCAUUAAGAACAGCUAACCAAGCUCGCGUGACUGCUAACUCUCAUGCACUUUCACGGAAACGUUUCGGCCAGCUAGAACGGUUUGAAAUCAACGCACCACUGUAAAAUCAAUUUUAGCAUGACUAUUAUUACAAAAAUUGCACAUAUUGUAUAUUACAUAACUAAAAUAAAACUACGCUUCGGUCUGCAAGUUCUGUUUUACAAACAAAAACAGCGCCGUACUAGAACAUACAACAAAUCCUAUACUACCAAACGACGUGUAGCCGAAUCGACUAAGUAAUAAACCACCAAUUGUGGGUGCUAAUGUUCUUAUUAGAGCAUGCGUGGCGAAGGAAAUACCAAGGACGAAUCCCGUGUCCUCUGGCGGGACUAGCUUGGUCAGGAUGGAGUUGGUGAUCACACCAAAUAACGCACCGCCAAAAACGAGGGGUAUCACCAUCACACAAAGAUGAAGUGCACUGGAGCUGAAGAACUA